AUCUCACAUGCAAUCAAAAGAUUUGCGAGUUUGGGAAAUGAUGUAGAAACAGGUGAAGAUAUUGAAAAAGCCAUCAGAAAUAAGAUUCAAGGAACAUCAGUUGCACAUAUUGAGCCAAAGAGGAAUGUUGGAAAAAUUGUAGAUACAAUUGUUGGAGUAUCUAAUUGGUAUUCUUGGAAAUGGCCAAUUGAUGAGGAAUCUAGUGGAUUUAUAUUUGCUUGUGAGUUACCUAAUGUAGAUGAUUGGACUAAAUUCUCACCCACAAAAAUAGAUGGUUUAAUUAAACAGCAACUCACAAAACCUGAACCAACAUUCACACCACAUUCUAUGCCAAAGGAGAAAUGGA